GUGUGUAAAAAUGGCAUGGCUACUGGAAUCAUGUUUUGUCCUGAUGGAGAAAUAUUCAGUUCUCAAGAAAAGAAAUGUCAAAAAAGUAACCAACAAAUUCUGUUUGAAAUAUGUAGAGCGCAUCCAAACAUUGUACGCCCAAAUCCUUAUGAUUGUGCCCAGUUCAUUGACUGUAGCAAAUCACGUCCUGGUCAUGUGAUUGAAGAGUACAUCAAGGAAUGUCCCUACCCAUAUCUUUUCUCCACUGACACGCUUGAAUGCCAGGAGUACAACAAAGUCACAUGUAGUAUCAGAAAAGAGCCUAGAGCACCAUGUGAAUACCAACAGAAUUUGUGUACAGGAAAGGGGAAAAAUUGCAAGCCCUGCAAAGAGAGACUUCCUAGCUGUAUUGGACUUCCUAAUGGUUUGAAUCCAGUCAUGGAGUUCUUGUGGGAGAAAAAUUACAUUGUUUGUAAAGACAACAGAACUCUAAAUGUGAAAACAUGUUCUGAAGGUGUGUUUGAUCCAUACAACAGGAAGUGUAUGAAUAAUACUAUAUCCAGUUACUGUAUGAUGCAUUCUACUGGAUCUUUUCCUAACCCGGAGAAUUGUGCCCAGUUUUAUGACUGCAGUACAAGAGACUCAGAGUAUGGACUUUACUUAAAAGAAUGUCAGUAUCCGCAGCUGUACGAAAUUGAGACAGACACAUGUCAACAUUUCAGCAGGGUUAAUUGUGGUUCCCGAUAUGAGCCAAUCGAACCAUGUGAGUACAUUCAAAGUCAAUGUAUAGGAGCUGGCUGUCCAGCAUGUUCAAAGGUGAGUUGUCGUGCUCAUCCUGAUGGAGCCAAUGAAUACCCUGGCCGGGAACACACUCCUUGGUAUGUGGUAUGUGAGCAUGGUAGAACAGUGGCUGUGGAGCAGUGCCAUGUGGGGAUUUUUGAUCAGCAAUCACACAUGUGUUUAACCAAUACUGACUCUGUGAAUAACUACUGCAACAAUAACCCUGGACUGAUUCUACCAAGUUAUCAGAGCUGUGCUCAGUUUUAUAAGUGUGGUCAAUAUAACAGCAAGACUGGGACCUAUCUACAUGAGUGUGCUUAUCCCUUGCUAUAUGACAUUACCUCCAAGACUUGUCAGCACUUCACUUUAAUCAACUGUGGAGAGAGAAGAGUUCCACAAGCUCCAUGUGACUAUAUGCAAAAUAGAUGUUCUGCCAAAGAUACAACAACCCCUUGCAAACCUUGCGAAGAUAGAUUCAUCUCAUGUGUUAACAAACCAAAUGGUAGAAGUUCAAUGGAAGGAGAUAUUUUCUCAUAUGUUUUCUGUCUUCAGAACAGAACUAUUGAUGUAGUCAAGUGCACGGACGGUUAUUUUUUCCAUUCACUGGUGAAACAAUGCAUUCCUUUCAAAUAUUUCGGGCAUGUACCUUUUGCUGUAGGAGAUGACAUUUGUAACCAUCAGUUGGUGUCUGGGGUCAAUCCUGUUCCAGACAGUGCCUUCUCAGCCUCCUCCUCAUACCAUAAAGGAAGUUCUGCAAAGGACUAUACAGUUGCCAGAGCUCGCAUAAACACAACUGAAACCAAAGAUUCAAAAGGUGUUCUACAUCUUGGGGCUUGGUCUGCCCAAGAUCUCAAUGUAGACCAGUGGAUUCAGGUGAAUUUAAAUGAACCAAGUCUUGUACGUGGCAUAAUGACUCAAGGAAGAAGUGGCUGUUGUCAGCAGUGGGUGAAAAAGUAUAGAGUAUUGUACAGUUUGGAUUGUAGUAAUAAUACCAACAGUUGGCAGCCAAUGGGAGACCACACUGUCAAUGAUACGAUAUUUGUUGGUAAUACGGAUGAAAAUUCAACAGUGAGUCACAAUUUUGAUUGUCCAGUGAUUGCAAAGUGUAUCAGAAUAAAUCCGUUGGAAUGGAAUAACCAUAUCUCAAUGAGAUUUGACCUGCUGGGCUGUGCAUUGGAUACGGGUAAUUCAUCUACUAGUCCUUCAACUACUGCUGCCAGCAAUACAAAGCCCUCAAACAAUGCAGUAACACCUUCUAUCAGCAACAGUUACAACGUGACAGCAACUUCCCCCAGAAAUACAUAUGUCAGUCCAGCUGCAACAACAGCAACCAGUAACACAACGUCUCCAAUCAGCAAUACAACAUCUAACAGCAAUACAAUAAUUAAUAAUACGGCUCAAAAUACCAUGACAAAUAAUGGCAUUUCAACAUUUUCAAGCAUUACAACAGCUGUCUCGUCAACACAGUCUGUUACUUCUGCAGGUGCCACAACAAUGUCAAACAACUCCAAAAUGAAAACAGGAACUUGUGUGAAAGACUGCAAAGGGAAAGCCAGUGGUGAAUAUCAAUCCUGUAAGACUUGUAAUGGAUAUGUGACGUGUGUUUGGGGUGUUCUCUAUGAGAGACAAUGUCCUGCAGGGCUGGAGUGGAACGCAGGUCUUAAAGUCUGUGAUUGGCCAGGUGCUGCAGGUUGUGCUUUAGCAGGUUAAGCCAGAAUGAACUCUAAUUUUUCAAAUCAUGUAUUCAAAGUGCAUUUUCAGUUCAUUGUACCUUGUUUCGUCAAUACAUGCAUUCAUUAUGUUAUUUGACAUCAAUAAUAAAUUACUCUGCAACUGUUA